AAAUAAAAUAUAUUAUUUUUCCUUUUCCAUAUUCUUGAUAACUAUAUGGAUUAGUUUCUGUUUUUUUUUUUUUCUUUCUUUCUUUUCGUCAAUGGUUUUUAUUUGGAUUCCUAAAUUUCUACCAACCCAAUCAAAAUGAGAAAUGGAAUUGAAAUCUCAACAAAGCAGGUAAUUUUGUAAACUGUUGGCUAAUUCGAUUUGGGUUCUUGUUUUAUUUGUUUUCUUUCACCUCUACUCUUUAAGCUCUCUGAUUCUGACUUACAAGUUCAGUCCAUUCAAGACAACAAUCUCCAGUGGAUUGUUUGGUUGCUGUUUCCUGUCUUAGCUGUUUCCCAUCUGUUCUCUUUUUAUCUUCUGGAUUACAACUAGCUACAUGCUUUCUCUAUUCAUUGCUUCCAUCUACUUCUCCAACCUUAUCUUCAAACAAGUUUUGCAGCUCCCACUUCUGAAGCCCUCUCUGGUUAUGCUUAUCACUGACCCACCUGCACCUCAAAGAUAGUAUUUUGUCGCCUAAAAACUCUUUUUUUUUUUUUUUUCUGCCAUUUUAUUUCUUUUAAUUUUUGGAUUUACUUGUCUUGGUUAAAGGGAGUUUAGGUACCUUGUUUGUCAGAUGAUAAGUGGUGGUUGGUCACUGGAACUUUUUUGUUAAGCGGAUUUAGUGUUUGUAAGCGUUGUUUAACAAGUGUUGUGCUAGUUUGAGAUUAUAAGAAUGGUGUCAAGGUCGUAUUCAAAUUUACUGGAGCUGGCCUCUGGUGAGUCUCCAUCAUUUGGGAACAUGAACAGGCGAAUUCCGCGGAUUAUGACUGUGGCUGGGUUGAUAUCUGAUGUUGAUGAUGACCCUGACAAGAGUGUGUGCUCUGAUCCCUCUUCUUCAUCGGCCCAACGAGAAAGGAUCAUAAUAGUGGGGAAUCAGCUCCCUAUAAGGGCUCAGAGGAAGCUAGAUGGUAACAGGAAUUGGUUUUUCAGUUGGGAUGAAAAUUCACUUCUGCUCCAACUCAAAGAUGGAUUUGGGGAUGAUGAUAUUGAGGUCAUUUAUGUUGGAUGCCUUAAGGAAGAAGUGCAUCCAAAUGAGCAAGAUGAGGUUUCACAGAUACUACUUGAGUCCUUUAAAUGUGUCCCAACUUUUCUCCCACCUGAUCUGUUUACCAGGUACUAUCAUGGCUUUUGCAAGCAACAGUUAUGGCCACUGUUUCAUUACAUGUUACCUCUGUCACCGGGCCUUGGUGGCAGGUUUAAUAGGUCACUGUGGCAAGCUUAUGUCUCAGUGAAUAAGAUAUUUGCAGAUAGGAUUAUGGAAGUCAUUAACCCUGAAGAUGAUUAUGUGUGGAUACAUGAUUAUCAUCUGAUGGUGUUACCAACUUUCCUGAGGAAGAGAUUUAACCGAGUGAAACUUGGAUUCUUCCUCCAUAGCCCAUUCCCUUCAUCGGAAAUAUACAAGACAUUGCCUAUUAGGGAAGAGCUCUUGAGAGCCCUCUUGAAUUCGGAUUUGAUUGGCUUCCACACUUUUGAUUAUGCAAGGCAUUUUCUCUCCUGUUGUAGUAGGAUGCUUGGUCUUACAUAUGAAUCCAAACGGGGUUAUAUUGGGCUUGAGUAUUAUGGUAGAACCAUUAGUAUCAAAAUUCUUCCCGUUGGCAUAGACAUGGGUCAGCUUCAAUCAGUUCUAGACCUGCCAAAGACUGAAGAAAAAGUUUCUGAGCUCAUUAGACAGUUUUCUGAUCAAGGCAAGACAAUGUUACUUGGGGUGGAUGACAUGGAUAUUUUUAAGGGCAUAAGUUUGAAGCUAUUGGCCAUGGAGCAGCUUCUCAUUCAGCACCCUGAAUGUCUGGGAAAGGUUGUAUUGGUCCAGAUAGCUAAUCCUGCCAGGGGACGAGGGAAAGACGUGAAGGAAGUGCAAACUGAGAUGAAAGCAACCGUAAAACGGAUUAAUGAAACAUUUGGGAAGCCUGGGUAUGAUCCUGUCAUUCUGAUUGAGGAGCCACUAAGCUUUUAUGAGAGAGUUGCCUACUAUGUUGUUGCUGAGUGUUGUCUAGUGACUGCAGUCAGGGAUGGAAUGAAUCUCAUACCAUAUGAAUAUAUAAUCAGUCGUCAAGGCAAUGAAAAAUUGGAUAAAGUAUUGGGACUAGCUUCCUCCCCAAAGAAAAGCAUGUUAGUUGUCUCUGAGUUCAUUGGCUGUUCCCCAUCUUUAAGUGGAGCAAUCAGAGUGAACCCAUGGAAUAUUGAUGCAGUAGCAGAUGCAAUGGACUCAGCCCUGGAAAUGGCUGAUUCAGAGAAACAGCUUAGGCAUGAGAAGCAUUACAGAUAUGUUAGUACUCAUGAUGUUGGGUACUGGGCUCGUAGCUUCUUGCAAGAUUUGGAAAGGACUUGUAGUGAUCAUGUACGGCGAAGGUGGUGGGGAAUUGGUUUUGGAUUAAGUUUUAGAGUUGUAGCACUUGAUCCAAACUUCAGGAAGCUCUCAAUGGAGCACAUAGUUUCAGCUUACAAACGGACGACGACUAGAGCUAUCCUUCUAGAUUAUGAUGAUACACUGAUGCCACAGGCUUCCAUUGAUAAGAGCCCAUCCAGUAAUUCUAUUAAAAUGCUUAAUAGUUUGUGUAGAGAUAAGAACAAUACGGUAUUUCUUGUCAGUGCCAGAAGCCGAAAGACACUUGCUGAAUGGUUUUCUCCUUGUGAAAAUCUGGGAAUUGCUGCUGAGCAUGGUUACUUUUUAAGACUGAAGGGAGAUGCAGAAUGGGAAACAUGUGGACCUGCAAUAGACUGUAGUUGGAAACAAAUUGCAGAGCCUGUAAUGAGGCUGUAUACUGAAACAACUGAUGGAUCCACCAUUGAAGAUAAGGAGACAGUACUUGUUUGGUGCUAUGAGGAUGCAGAUCCAGAUUUUGGAUCAUGCCAAGCUAAGGAACUUCUUAAUCAUCUUGAAAGUGUGCUUGCAAAUGAACCAGUAACAGUCAAGAGUGGCCAGAAUAUUGUGGAGGUUAAACCACAGGGCGUGAGCAAGGGGCUUGUGGCCGAACGCCUACUUUCCACCAUGCAAGGAAAGGAAAUUUCACCUGAUUUUGUUUUGUGUAUAGGAGAUGACCGGUCUGAUGAAGAUAUGUUUGAGGUAAUCACUAGUUCUAUAUCUGGUCCUUCCAUGGCACCCAGGGCUGAAGUAUUUGCAUGCACUGUUGGUCAAAAGCCCAGUAAGGCUAAGUACUAUCUGGAUGAUACUACUGAAAUAGUGAGAUUGGUGCAGGGUUUAGCCUGUGUUUCAGAGCAAACAGUUUUAUUUUAGUCAUGGGAAAGAUGGUGGUGAAAGAUGUGCUUGCUUUCUUUGUCACACUGUAGUAUUGGGGGUGUUACACACAGUGUUGGCUUUGUUGAGCUCUCCAUAGGUGAUUUCAUUAUUAUUAUUUUUCGUGAUAUUCCAUGUAAAUGUAAAUUAUUCAACUCCUCAGAUGUUUGUUUUCUAUCUGAUAAACUUGUAUAUAUAUUUGUCUUUCCACCAUGAACCUUGCUUAAUGCCCAUGGGCCAGUCCCGAAGCUCUUAAUGCCUAUGAUACUAGUUGUUUUGGAUACUGGAGUGGCUCUUUUUAUGUCAAUGA